AUGGUGGCGGCCGUCAGGUGGCUGCUAUGGCGUCGCGCCGCCUCCAGGUGCCGCUGUUGCCCAACGCGGAGAGGAGAUGGAGUCGGAGCCGCCGCAGAGUCCGCCCACCGCAGGUUCCUCGCUCGUUCGGCGCUUGCUAGAGAGGUAGGGGCACGGGCAGCAGAGAAGAGAGGCGGAGGCGAUUGCAGCGGCGUCGGAGCCGGAACAGAGAUCACUACCCUUCGGAGGUCGAGAGAGGCAGGAAGGAAGAGAGGUCAUAGGAAGAAGGGACGACUGCGGCAAGCGCUGCCCACAAUGGCGGGCAGGCAGAGCCCGAACUCGAGCCAAAGCCGGAACGCGAGCCCGGGGCGAGCAGCCAAGAGAGUGCUGCUGCUUCCCGCUGUGCUGCUAGGUUUGUGCUGCCGGGCGGCGCCGGAGCCGAUCCGCUACACCAUCCCCGAGGAGCUGGGCAGAGGUUCGCUGGUGGGGCCGCUGGCGCGGGACCUGGGGCUGACCCCGGCAGAGCUGCCGGCACGCAAGCUGCGUCUCAGCGCCGAGAAGCAAUACUUCAGCGUGAACGGGGACACCGGCAACCUGUACGUGAGCGAGAGGCUGGACCGGGAGGAGAUGUGCGGCGAGGCACCGACCUGCUCCGUCAACUUCGAGGCGCUAGCGCACAACCCGCUCAAUGUUUUCCAUGUCGAGGUGGCUAUCCAGGACAUCAACGACAACGCACCGCGAUUCUUGCGAGACCAUUUCCAGAUGGAAAUCAACGAACUGACUUCUCCUGACGCCCGCUUUUACUUAGGGAUGGCCGAAGAUGCGGACGUGGGCAUCAACUCCCUGCAGAGCUAUGAGCUGGAGACCAACAGGUAUUUUGAGGUGGAGGUGAAGGAGAAGCAGGAUGGCAGCAAAUUCGCGGAGCUGGUGCUGCGCCGAGCGCUGGACCGGGAGAGAGAGCAGAGCCUGCAGCUGGUGCUGACGGCGCUGGACGGCGGCGACCCGCCCCGCAGCGGCACCGCCCAGCUCUAUAUCAACGUCACCGAUGCCAACGACAACGCUCCCGUGUUCGCGCAGGACCGGUACCGAGUGAGCCUGCGCGAGGACUCGCUUCCAGGCUCCACGGUGCUAAACAUCUCGGCCACCGACGCUGACGCCGGCACGAACGCCCGAAUUACCUACGGCUUCGGAGAAACGCUGGCCAAGGUGCUUCAGAAAUUUGUGGUGGACGCAGAGAGCGGGACCAUCACGCUGCAGGAAGCGCUAGAUUUCGAGGACACACGCUCUCUGAGCCUGGCCGUAGAGGCAAGGGACGGGGGCGGUCUGGUGGCACACUGCGAAGUGGAGGUGGAGGUGCUGGAUGUGAAUGACAACGCACCGGAAGUGAUACUGACGUCCGUCUCCAGCCCGGUACCUGAGGACGCACCGGUUGGGACCGUGGUGGCCCUGGUGAAAGUGCGAGACCGUGAUUCGGGGGAGAACGGUCAGGUGCGGUGCGAGCUGUCAGGAGAGGCGCCGCUGUCGCUCGUGGCAUCGGCGGGAGACUCGUACAAGGUGGUGACGGCGAGCAUGCUAGACCGAGAGCAGGCAGCCGAGUACCGAGUGACGCUGGUGGCCAGGGACCGGGGCAGCCCGGCGCUGUCGAGCCUCGCGGUGCUGGUGCUGGAAGUGUCGGACAUGAACGACAAUGCACCGCUGUUCGAGGAGGAGGUGUACAGCGCCUACGUGGCCGAGAACAACGCGGCGGGAGCGCCGGUGCUGCGCGUGCUGGCACGGGACUUGGACGCGGGAGCCAACGGGCGCGUCAGCUAUUGGCUGGAAGGCGGCAGCGCAGGCUCGACACCGCCGCCGGUGUCGGUGGAUAUGCAGAGCGGCGGCGUGUACGCGCAGCGCUCCUUCGACUACGAGCAGUGCCGCGAGUUCACGGUGACGGUGCGGGCACAGGACGGUGGGGUGCCGGCACGCAGCUCUACGGCCACGGUGCGCAUCUUGGUGCUGGACCGCAACGACAACGCGCCGCGGGUGCUGUGGCCGACGGCGGCGGCAGCAGGAGGCGAGGCGCCGCCGUUCGAGGUGGUGCCGCGCACGGCCGAGGUGGGCUACCUGGUGGCCAAGGUGGUGGCGGUGGACGCGGACGCGGGGCGCAACGCGUGGCUGUCGUACGAGCUGCUGCAGGCGCCGGAGCCGGCGCUCUUCCGCCUGGGGCUGCACAGCGGCGAGGUGCGAACGGCGCGGGCCGUGUCGGAGCGCGACGCGGCCAAGCAGCGCCUGGUGGUGCUGGUGAAGGACCACGGGCAGCCGGCGCUAUCGGCCACGGCCACGCUGCACGUGGUGCUGGCCGAGAGCUUGCAGGAGGCGCUGCCGGAGCUGAGCGAGCGGCCGGCGGGUGCCGCCUCGCCGGCGGAGCUGCAGUUCUACCUGGUGCUGGCUCUGGCUCUGCUGUCGGCGCUCGUCCUGCUCAGCCUGGUGCUGGCGCUGCUGGCGCGGCUGCGGAGGACCGGGCCGCCCGACGUCCUGCGCUGCCUUGGCGGGCAGCGGUUUUCUCUGGCUGGCGCCGCCUUCCCGGCCGACUUCUGCGAAGGCACCUUGCCUUACUCCUACAACCUGUGCGUGGCUCCGGGACGCUCCUUGACCGAGGCCGCUUGGCUGCCUCCGCCUCUGCCCAGCCUGCCCGCGGAGGAACUACUUGGCGAGGAGCCUUGCGGGAAGCAGAUCCCGCACAGCAGCGCCGACGCGGAAGCUCCGCCCACCCAUUCCGACACCGCAGAGGUCGGUUUUGUUGAAAAUUUUGGCUACAAUUUUGAGUUCUUUACAGUGAACGCUGUAAGUAAUAAUUCUGCAUGA